UGACGACUGUGGCCGAGAAGGCUCGAAGGGCUCUGCGUUCUGAAGUGGCGCUGCUUGGGCGGGUGGCAGAUUGCAGGCUGCUAGCUCGGUGGCUGAGGAGAACCGCGAGUGGGUUCGGCUUUUCCUGUCGGGAUCCCCGCAACGAUGAGUGCUGCCAGGGAGUCUCACCCGCACGGGGUGAAGCGUUCAGCCUCCCCAGACGACGAUCUUGGAUCUAGCAAUUGGGAGGCAGCAGACUUAGGUAAUGAAGAAAGGAAACAAAAAUUCUUGAGACUUAUGGGUGCAGGAAAGAAGGAACAUACUGGUCGACUUGUUAUAGGCGAUCACAAAUCAACAUCUCACUUCCGAACAGGGGAAGAAGACAAGAAAAUUAAUGAAGAGUUGGAGUCUCAGUAUCAGCAAAGUAUGGACAGUAAAUUAUCAGGAAGAUAUCGACGACAUUGUGGACUUGGCUUCAGUGAGGUAGAAGAUCAUGAUGGAGAAGGAGAUGUGGCUGGAGAUGAUGAUGAUGAUGAUGAUUCGCCUGAUCCUGAAAGUCCAGAUGACUCUGAAAGUGACUCAGAGUCAGAGAAAGAAGAAUCGGCUGAAGAGCUCCAAGCUACUGAACAUCCUGAUGAAGUGGAAGAUCCCAAAAACAAAAAAGAUGCAAAAAGCAAUUACAAAAUGAUGUUUGUUAAAUCCAGUGGUUCAUAACUCACAAACACUUAGUCUUUGUAUUAAAAGUAAGCCUUAUUGUUAUAAUGCACAGUGGAGGACUGCUUAUAGAGCACAGAGCUUUGUAUUAUAAUUUUUAAAAAGGCCCUUUUAAAUAAUUACAAAGAGUGUUUGCUUUCAGAUGCCAUGGGUUACACUUUUAUGGGCAUGACUAUAACCAUUUUUGUAAAGAGUAAGAGUUGUAUAAAAUAAGAAAUAAAUACAAUACUCAGCUUCCUUUCAUAUUAGCAUCAUCAGCCCUCUAACCUCACCUUUAUACCCCUUCUGAUGCAGUUGUGGGGAGACACUUGGAAACAGGUAAUGUUUUGUGAUUUUGUUUGUGAUAGCUGUUUCAUCAUUUUUUGUUCCUUCAUAUUUUUCUCUUAUAAAAAGUUUAUUUGAUACUGUGAUAUGUUCAUGAAAAAUAUUCUUCUUUUAUUAUACUUCGUUAUAGUAGAACUGUUCCUCAUGGAUUUUUCUCCUGACAGUAACAGUCUAAAUUAAAGUUGGCAAAAGAUUAGGAACUUAGUUUAGUCUUACUGAUUCAGCUCUACUCUUUGGACCAAAACAACCUGAGAGCAAGUACUUUCACACCUGUUAGGGCAGUUAACAACUGUCAUACAUGUGGAAUGUUAUGAACCCACACUGUCUUUAUAUAAUUCGAAUUAUAUCAUAUAUUAGAUUUUUUAUAAAAAUUGGCCAAUUUUAAAAAGAAAAUUAUUUCUCUGAUCGUUUGGUCCUAUCUAUUUAAGAUUAUGUAAAAUGAUUUUUUUUUUUUUUUUUUUUUGAGGUAUUAUGUGGCCAAGGUUCUUUUUCUCCGUAAGACCUAAAUAAAGAGAAAGCAGUUUCCCAUAUUGGUUGUGAUACUUUAUCCUCAUUAUAUAAAAAUGAGGGACAAAUUUAUUGAACAAACUGAAACAAAUUCUCUUCAUUUUAUCCCAAUGCUGAUGUCUUGCUUAUCUAAUUACUAUAAAGUAGUAUUUCUUUCUGAUUUUAUUGCUGCUUCUGUUGGAGUGAGGUUAGAAUUUUCUGACUGUUGUUGGAUGGUUGAUUUGUACAGCAGAUUAACCUAAACUAUAUUAUGAGAUGGACAGGCAUUGGUCUUUGAAUAAUUGGGUCCAAAAUGUUAAUGUUUUUCUAAGUAACGUGUUCAAAGACUUGAGUCAUACCCAUUUGUGAGCUGAACUAUGAUACAUUUUAGAUACUUUAAUAUGCAUUUGAUGUGUUGGAUUUUAAAAAAUGAUUCCUAUGUCAUUUUGAAAUUUAGAAUGUGUUAGAGGAGUAUAGCACCUAGAACAGGUGAGAUUUCUGGUUUAUAUGAUCCAUCCUGAAAUAUUUUUCAUAUAUUAGACCCCCAAGUUUGGUUUUUGUUUUGUUUUUUAUUUCUCACAUUGUUUUAAAAUAGAUGCUAUCCUAUAUAGUAAAACAUUGAGUCAGUGGAUAGUAGACAAUACAUACGACAUUUAACAAAUAAUUGGUUUGAACAAGUUUGGCUUCAUUGAACAAAUUUUAGUUUGGCCAUUGGUUUUCAGAUAUCUCCAGGGUUGCUUACUGUAAUUUCAGUAGAAAGCAAAGAACAAUUAUGUUUAAAAUUGAGGGAGGAGACUGUAUUUUGUUUUAAAAAGUGAGUAUUUUCACCAAUUCAUUGUUUAAAUUGCUAGGUUGUUCAUAAGUUCUUGGUUCUGAUAUGUAAAUAGAAAAGCCUUCUAAAAGAACUACACUAGAAUACUUAUUUUCUUCAUCUUCACACAGAGAAAUUCUGAUUUCAAUUAAUUCAUGUAUUAAUGGACAUUAAUAUAAUUUAGGGUUGGAAUAAAUUUAGGUCAAUUGGUU